UUUGAAACUAAAAUGAACACUGUAAAAAUCAAGAAUGUUCACGAAGAGACUCAUAUUUGCUUUAGUAUAGAGCAUAUUGGCUAUUUUUACUCGAUAGAGAUUCUCUGGAUAAGGAAAUCAGAUAAAUUUGAACCAAAACACUAUUUCAGACUGCUUCACUAAAGCCUAUCAUUUCUGAGAGUUGUCAGAUCUACUAGAGUGAUGAAAUUAUUAAAAUAGGGGUAAAAUUUUGAACAAUAAAAUGUCAAGUUUUUGAUCAAGCUGUUCAAUAUGGCUAACUCUUUGCUCUAAGACUCAAGUUUAGUGUUUUCUAACUUAAAGCAUGGAGGAAAUUAUGUUCUGACAACUAAAUUUUUCUUGAAGAACUUAUCAAGAGAGGAUAGAGGUCUACAUAAAUCAGAAGAGCUCAUUCAGAUCUUUAUGACUUCUAAAGCAAAGUAGGUAAGAUUCAAGCUUGGGCAAAUGUAUCUUGUAUAAAAUUUACAGCAUGUCUAGAUCAUUUUCAAAGCUUCAAU